GAGUGCCACAAAUUACUGAGAUGUUUUGGGAUGAAUGUUGCUUGGAUGUGUAUCAAUGUUAUACUAUGUUUUUGCCUAUUUUCUCACUUUCUGUUUGGAUGGUUUCCUGACGCCCAACUCGCCACGUAGGUGGUUCCACAACACGAAAGUGAGAAAAUUUGUACAGACGAAAGAGAGCAGCAGCAGGGAUGGGUAAGGUUCACGGAUCUCUGGCUCGCGCCGGUAAGGUGAGAGGCCAAACCCCGAAGGUAGCCAAGCAAGACAAGAAGAAGAAGCCUCGCGGCCACGCUCACAAGCGUAUGCAAUACAACCGUCGCUUCGUCACCGCAGUGGUGGGAUUUGGCAAGAAGAGGGGACCCAACUCUUCAGAGAAGUAA